AAUGGCAACAAUGAAAGCAAUGAUUUGUAAUGGAUAUGGUGAUGCAAAAGAUGUAUUUGAAUUGAAGACAAUAGCAAAACCAAUACCAAAAGAUAAUGAAAUAUUAGUGAAAAUACACGCAACUAUGGCAACUUCCGGUGAUUGUUUGUUUAAACCAAAAAAUCCAAUUUGGGGUUUGUGUUUUGCUGGUGAAAUUGAAAAGAUUGGAAAGAAUGUUGAAUUAUUCAAGGAAGGUGAUCAAGUGUUUGGAUCACCCGAAUCUGCUUUUGGAAUGUAUGCCCAAUAUAUUUGCCUACCGGAAACUGGUUGCGUUGUUGAGAAACCAAAAAAUUUAUCCUAUACAGAAUCUGUUGCAAUUCUUUUUGGAACAGAAACAGCUAUUCAAUUUUUAGAAGGAGCUAAAAUUGGAAAAGAUCAAAAAGUUCUUGUCUAUGGAGCAUCGGGAAGUGUUGGCAUAGCAACUGUUCAAAUGGCCAAGUACUAUGGAACAGUUGUUACAGGAGUUUGUAGUACUACAAAUCUUGAAAUGGUUAAAUCAAAUGGAGCUGAUUACAUAAUAGAUUACACUAAAAAUGACUUUAGAGGAAAUGGUAAAAAAUAUGAUAUUAUCUUUGAUACUGUUGGGAAAUUAUCAUAUUCCUCUUGUAAAGAUUCAUUAAAUCCAACAGGUUUCUACUUAAUGGCAUUAUUCUCAUUGACAGGUGUACUACACCAAUUAUGGCGUUAUUGGUGGUCAUAG